AUGUCGAGCCAGAGCGGCUGGUCGACGUCUUCGCUGCUUUCCGAGCCGCUCAACGAGGAAACAGGUCCGUUUUGAGUCUUCGUUCUUUUUUGUGCAAAAUCAAGAUAGUUGUUCCCGGAAAUGAAUGUUUUGAUAAAGACAAAAAUGAUAUCUUUUUUCCAAACUCAAGCUUUCAAGUUCGAGUCUAAUUAAGGUCAAAUAUUUUUCCUGACCUUUUCAUUCCAUUUUGAAAUAAGUCCAAAGAUCAUAGAGUUGAGGAAAAAAGUUUUUUUUUUGGGAAAACAGCAAGAAAAAUCAUCUUUUUUCUAUUUUGGCUUACUUGGACCCAGUAAAUGUUCGCAUUUUGAGUCCAAGAAAACUGCAGGUAAAGAUGAAAAGAACACAGCCGAGUUGCUGAAAUUGCCGACAUCCGGUCGCAGACUUCCAGGCUUUUCCCUAGAAUGUCACAAAAGUGUUGCUUCUUCUCAUUUUGGCUCUUUCUAGAGUAACUCUUAGAAUCAUUUGGUUUUCUUCUUUGAUAAGGCUUACUUUCCGUUCGUUCAAGAUUUUUAUGUUUUCAAUUUUUUUAAAUUUCUCUCGUGAAAAUCAGUAAGUGGAAGUUUCUGAUAGAGCAGAGCUUUGAAGGUCUGUAAUUCUAUCGAUCCUGCUGAAUCCAUACUGAAAUCCACCUUUUUUCACAAACAAAAAGCAGAGAAUGGUGAUUAGCAAUGCAUGAAGCGGCGAUCAAUGUCGUCUUCCAGACGUUUCAUUUCCAUCUUCUUUUUCGUCCUUCUUCUAGAGGACAUCCUAUUUAUUUUUAGUCAAGUUAAAUGGCAAGUGUAGGAAAAAACCCUCUCUAGCAGUUCUCUUCUGAUUUUUUCCCUUUUCAAACUCAAAAACGAUAGAAUUUCUUCGUAUGGAACAAUGUCAAUGAAAACUUUGACUCAUUCGAAUUUCAUUUCUUUGCGAACCUCGUAUUUUUGCUAUUUACUUGCGUGAAUCAAUUUCGAACUCCUAGAAAAAAGACGAAAAAAAAACAUGUAUCCGCUUUAUUCAAACGGAUUCGCGACAACGAGAUCGGUUCAAAGCCGGGCAAUUUGUGAGUUUAGUUUGAAAAAAGAUUCAUUUUUAUUACUUCAAAUAAUUGAAGAAAGAAAAAAUAGACCUCUGAACUUUGAAAAACUCGUUCCUUCUCUAAAAAAUGAAAUCUAUAUGAGAUAGAAAAAUGUUUUUUUUUUCGAACAACAAUAGUGUUAUAAUUCCUUCAUAAUCGUUUUUUUUUUUGACCAAUUGUUUGUUCACCUGCUUGCCAUAGUGUGAACCAAUUUUGGAAACCUCAAAAAACCCUUUUAUGGCUUUCUUGACUAUUCUAUCAUCGAUUGAAGAGGAAGACAGUGGUAAGGCUAACAAGCAAAAAUGAGAAGUUCUGCGUAACUUUUUUUCAAAUUUCGUGUUUCAGAUGACUUCAUUUUGGCGGACAACGAAAGGCUCAAGGAACGCGUUGACGAACUUGAAAAAGUUGUCUCUUUGCAGAGAAAUGAAAUUGUUGGUUUCAAUCUACCGUAGACCAAUGGUCACAUGUGGAAUGGCUUGAAGCGUAACUAAGGUGAUUUUCGAGAGCGCGUCCGACGCAAAACAACUUUCGCGUCUAGAAAAUCCGCCAAGCACAAUUUGAUUUUCAUUUUUGAGCCGUCUGUACACCAGGUUGCACUUCUUGGAGCCAUUCCGCUGCGAAAAAGUUUUUUCAAACAAGAAAUUUGAGAAUGAAUUUCUUCAGAUGCUUUUGCAAGCUUCAACGGCUGACGUCUUAAGAAGGCUCCAGACACUGGAAAAUGGCCCUCCAACGACUUCAACUCGUUAGUUUUUUGGUCGUUUCUACAUGCUUUCAACUUCCUUCCAGCUUUUAAACUUGAAUUUUUUUUCGCCAAUAUUUGUUUUUGUUUUCAUUUUCUAUCAGUUUCCAGUACCAAGGUCGAACGGAAGAAUGUCGUCGUCGAGGUCGACCUACGCGAUUCCCGCGGGCCCUUUGCGGCCGCCGACUUCGCCCAUGUCCAGGAGUCUCUACUCGUCGAGCAACGGCGGCGACGCACAAGAACUGGUAAUUCAUUCAAUUUUGUGUGCUCAAUAAUCAUGAUUACAUUGAUUCCGAAAGGGAGGAGAAGUCUAUAAAGUAGUACAUUGAAACUUGGGAGAUAUGCAGGAAAAUGUAUCGUCCUUGCAAGGUUAGCGAAACCAACGAAUUUUCGAACGGAGCUUUUUUUCCAGUUGUUUUUAUAGUAUUUUUAUAUAGGAUAUUUUUGGAGAAAGUUCUAGAAGAUCCCAUCGGUUGAAAAACGAUUUUCAGACUCCCAGACGCAGUUCAACUUCGCAACGUGGACAGGACUUUGUCAACGUCUCGAUUGGAAGAAGUGCUAGAGGUUUUCACCAAUUCAAUUCAUAUGUAAAAAUAAACAGUUCACUUUUUCACUUCUAGCGUUGAGUAUCGACUAACGAGUAUUUGGAAAUCACUUAAAACGUGAAAGAAGUCUUAUUUUAUGCUAAAAUCAUUACCAAAUUGGAAAUUUUAAAAGCAGAUUGGGCCUGUAAACAGCUCACAGCUUCGAAACCUAUGAAAAAUGCCUCCUUCGCUCCUCAUUUAAAUUUCAAAAGAUCUAUUUCAUAUGGUUGAGGGUCUCCUCUCCGGAAGUGGGUUUCUAACCAUAACGUCAAGGAAAACGGCUCUCCAAUCGUUUCACCGUCAGUGGCGUCGACGCCGGCCGUCACGACUCUCAACCGAAUUAUUUCGUCGGUUCUUCUCUUCUCUUCCCGUUGUCUUCCCUCACUUUGCAUGAGUGUUUGCAGUGUUUUUCUUUUCAGCCGCACAUCUUCGACUUUGAGUUUGCAAUCUGUUUCUUCGACCCACAAUCGCACGACCAGCUUUCGGUUUUUUUUCCGUUUACACUGACUAUUGCUGUUCAUUUAUCAUCUCCUGACUUGAAACAUGGUUUCCUUAUAGAAAAAACAGCCGCCCACCAAUUUUCCUUGCAUCAUCGCACACUUUGCAGCUGACUUUGGCAAACAGGUCAUUGAGUAUUCCUGUACCUACUGAUCGAGGUUUUCUCGAAUCAGGAAGGCUUUGAUCCUUUUUUGCAUUUCAGAAACGAUAGAUUUGACUGCCGAACAAGAGCCGCCAGAUAUCAAGGCGUCUCUGAAGAGAGUGUACAGUAAGUUAUAUUUUCAUGAGACUUAGGGAUUAGAAAGAGCGUUAGCUUGUAAAAAUCUCUUCAGACUUCUCUCGACUGAUUUAAGGAAUGAGAAAUUAAUUUUAACGAUUCUGACAAAGUUUUUUUAACUGAAAAAAAUCCCCAAUAAAAUUUUUUGCAGUUAGAGAAUUCAGUAUAUAUUAUAGUCGAUUUUUUUCUCGACUUGAAAGGAGGGGGGGCGGAGAAGGGGCGGGACGCGGUCAUUGGCAGGAGUUCGAUUUAACCGCCAGCGACUAUUUGGAGAGCUCUUUUUUUCCACUUUUCCGCUUCCCUCGCCUUUCAAGUCGGAAAUGGGUGACUUCAGUCUAUUUUCAGAAAGUUUUAGAGGACUAAAGUAACCUAAGCUGAAGAACCUGCCAAACUUUCACCUAACUUUUUAGCUUUUUUUUUCAGGCUAUAGAGGAAAAGACGUACGAGCGAAUGUCAAGUACCUUCCAACAGGCGAAGUUGUCUUCUUCACGGGGAAUAUCAUAGUCUUACACAACCUCGAAGAAAAUACUCAAAGGUUCUAUCAUGAACACACUUGUGACGUCAAAUGGUUAGACUGCUCUUUCAGCAAAGUAAAGUUCAAUUUUCAGCAUCGCUGUGCAUCCAAAUCGAGUUCUCAUGGCCAGUGGACAGGCUUCUUGUCAUUCCAAUGAGAAAGUCUUGAAAACGGAACAUGUUCGUCCGGUUGAUAGUCCUGAUGAGCUGGUGAAACAGCUUGAAAACGAGCAUACCGAAGUGAGAAUACUUUUCGAAAAGUCCAAAAAUCAUAAAAUUUUGAGUUUUUUUUUUAUUAAAUAAAUAUUUUCUGCUGAAUUUCUGGAAAAUUUGAUCUGCUCCAAAAAAUCUAACACAAACUUUACAUGAUUCAACUAUACGAGAAGAAAUGAUUUCUGAAGUUCUGAGCUCUCUUGAAAAUUUCUCAAUUUUUUCACCUUGUAGUGUCAUUUUGAAGGCGCACGUUCGGAUUUGGGACUCGAUCAAACUACAAACAGUAAUCAUCAUUGGCGGAUUCGAAACGGGUUUCGAAAAAGGAAUCUGCCAACUAUCAUUUUCAACAACGGAUGGUUUGUGAAGUUUUGACAUUGAAAAGCAAAACAAAAUAGUUGCAGUUGGUGCUAUUCUGGCUUGUGUCGAUGAAUCGACGAAACACAUUCUGAGCCUCUGGAACUGGGAUAAAAAGAAAAAACUGGCUGAAACCAAGGUGUUUCUCAAUUAGUAAUCGUUUUCGACGAACCUUGACAUUUUCAGGCAGCAAACGAUCUCGUUUUUGAGUGUCAUUGGCACCCGAAUUACAAAAAUCAGUUGGUCGUCUACGGCCGAGGUCAUUUGAGCUUCUUCCAUUACGAUCCAACUAACGGGAUUUUAGUGAAAAGUGCGGCUAUUUUCGAGGUACUGAAUAUUUCCAAAAACGCCUCCAACAAAAUUUAGGGGAGAGAUAAACCGAAAACAGUACUAUCGAUGUGUUUUACAUCAACUGGCCACGUAGCCACUGGCGAUUCCAACGGAACCAUUUCACUGUGGGACCCGAAAUCGUGCAGAACUAUCAAGCAGGUUUGAUGUUACCAAACUGAGAAGUCUAGAUUGGUGUCAGGCUCAUGGAGUUCAUCCGGGUGGAGUUUAUGCCUUGAUGAUGGCGACGAAAAUCGACCGGUUGCUCAGCGGGGGCAAGGAUAAGGUCCUCAGUGAAUGGCAGCCCCAGGAUUUGGUUCGGACCCGUCGUUUUGAGGUGAUUGGACGUUCAAAGACUUGGAAAAAAUCGACUACAUUUACCGUUUAUUCUUCCGGAAAAAAAUUGAACAAACUAUUGGACUAAAUUUUAAAUCUCAUCUUCUUGGAUAUUUUUUGAAGGAGAGAUGGUUUGCGUAAAAGUUCGGAGAUCUCUAAGAAAAAAAAUAAAAAAAAUGAAGCGGAUGAGAAAUACAAGCUUUACUUCAGCUAGCCGAAGAGCGAGGAACUCCUAGGAUAAUAAUAGCAGACGCGCCAAAACUCCUUAUUGGAACAUCAACAAACACGCUUCUCAUAGGAACUUUGGAACAAGGCUUCACUUCGAUUAUUGAGGUAAUUUUUUAUCAUUUUUUUUUACCAUUUCAAGAACUUUCAAGAAUUUAAAUCUUCAAGGGCGAUGCGGGAGACGUGACAAGUUUGUGCACAACUUCGGAUUGCUUGAUCACAGCCAGUAGCGAUGGAAAUGUUCGCAGUUGGGACACUUCGAAAGGGACAGUCAAUUGGAGUCGAAAUUUUUUGGUUGAGAGGAAGAUCGCUCGAAAAAAAUAAUUCGAGAUUUCGCAGGAAGGAGUCGAGUGCAUGGAUGUCGAUUCAAAUAAUAUCAACCUUCUAAUGGGAUGCAAUGGGGGAUCUUGGCAAAUAGUGAAGGUUUCGACGCAAGAAGUUGUUGAAGAACAUCGGGAUUCCACCCAACCAGUCACUUGUGUUCGCUUCUCACCAAAUGGAAACCUUUUCUUUGUAGCCACAAAGGUUUCUCACAAUCUUCUGAACAAAUGUUCGAGGAGAAAUUUAGCAAUUGUGUGGUCUGAUAUAUCAUCUACAUCCUGCAUCGUGUCAGCAACUUUCCCGCAUCACAAACUUCAGUUCUCCCAUAAUUUCAGCUGAUUGGGAUUCGGAUUCUCAAUUUAUACGGGCCAAUUCUUCUGCCAAUCAUCUGUAUUUAUGUGAGUUAACCAAGAAAAAACUCCCUCAUUUCCUGAUUUUAGGGAACAAAAAAGGAGAAGUGGUCGAACCAAAAGAUGUUCAAGAUAUCAACUGGGAGACUUGCAGCUGCCGGAUAUCUUUUGAAGCGGCUAUGGUCGCACAUUCUUCAAAUGGUAAAGAAAGGAAAAAAAGAAGUAUACAUCACUUGCACAGGCGGGUUGACGUGUGUCACGAAGUCGAGUGAUGGGAAACUUCUCGCGGCAGGAAUCGACAACGGAACAGUUCGAGUUUACACUUGUCCAGUACUCAGUCAAACUGUAAAGUUAUCCAUUUCAUAUUGAGGAAAAAGUGACUUGCAGGCUGGCUGUGUCGAACUUUCUGGACACAGCAAUGGAGUUAACAACGUAGCUUCAGCUCCUACACUUUUCUCCAACACACUUUUCUCGUCUGGAUCUAUUGAAAACUCUAUAUUGCAAUGGAAUAUUGAAUGA